CAGACACAAGGCAGACAGUGUGGGUGUGUCCAUCAUCCCCCCUCUGCUAUUUCUAUCCCAUCUCUCAUCCACAUCUCAUCCUCUUUUCAUCCACAUCUCCUUCCAUCCAAACCAUGUCAGACAGAGCAGCAAAAAAAGCCGCCCUCGCAGCCCAAUCCGCCGAAUCUAUCCACCUCCGUGCCCAAGUCCUCGACUCUGUCCGUUCCAGGGCCGACCAUAUCCCUGAGGGCGGCUCGGGGAAAUUGGAGGGGAAAGUGGGGGCUAUUACGGGUGUUGGGCCUGAGAGUGGUAUUGGCACGGCUGCUGCAAAGCUCUUUGCCCGUGAAGGCGCCGCACACAUCUACCUAAUCGACUACACCUCCACCCCCCUCCCCUCCCUCCUCUCGUCCCUGACCACCACCUACCCCCUUACCAAAUUCACAUUCCUCCAAGCCGACGCCGCCGACCCCACCGCCAUCUCCUCCCUCAUCAACCAAGCUCUCUCCGAGGAAGGCCGGUUCGACUUUUUCUUUGCGAAUGCUGGCGUGUCGCAGAUUGCCAAAUUCGAGGAGGGGAAGAAUGGGAGUUUGAUGAGUUUUAUUAGGCCGGUGGAAGCUGUGGAGGAGGCAGAGUUUGACGAGGUUAUGCGGAUUAAUGCGCUGGGAGCGUUUGUAGCGAUCAAGUAUGCUGCGGGCGCCAUGUCCAAGCUCUGUCCUGAAAAAGGCAAGACCAUCCCUGGCGGGUCUAUCGUCCUCACCGCUUCCGUGGCAGGCCUCAAAGCCAACGCAGGCCCUAUCCCAUACUCUGCCGCCAAAGCCGCCGUCAUCUCCAUGGCCCAGACCUCUGCUUUCGCUUUUACGGGCUUGAAUAUACGCGUGAAUGCGGUUUGUCCUGGGUUAAUUGAGACAAACAUGACCAAGAGCCUAUUCGAGCUCGCCAAAGCCAACCAGACCACCAACAGGAUCGGCGUGCUCAACCCCACCUUGCGCCAGGGGCUUGGGUUUGAAGUGGCGCAAACGGCAUUGUUUCUCGUUUCUGACGACUCGUCGUACGUGAACGGCCAAGCCAUCCCCGUCGACGGCGGGCUCAGCGCCGGUGUGCCGUAUGUCCGGAACAAAAUCUAGUCUUCUAGUCUUCAAAAGUCCAUCCAUCUUCAUUGCCCCCCGUCCCCGCCGUCUUCGGAUUGUGCUUGAGUAACAAGUGUCUCAAAAUCGUGGUCUUGUCUUGUCUUGCAUGGGUGCAACUUUCACCCACCAUUGUCUUUUUUUCUUGUAUACCCAGAUACCCAUAUGCCGUACAAUUCGCCUGUUUGACCCCUGUGAUAAACGUACAAAGUUUCUCUCCUCCUGUGAUACAUAUGGGCGUGUGGUCGAUAAAACCUGCUGUCUGUGGAAAUGUAUUACUCCAACUCUCA